AAAAACAAACUCGAAUUCCCAGACUUGGUUUCCAUCGCGAGGCGUUCGGUCGGCCUCCCGGAACACUGCAAAAAAAAUAUCGAAUUUCUCUCGUUUUUUAAUGGAAAUUUGGGUCUGACAUAGUACAAAGCAAGAUGGAGAAAGAAGUAACGGAAGUCUACCCAGUCGGGGAAACAGAGGAACAACAGAGUGAAAGCCAGCCAGCGGAAAUAACAGAAACAACACCUCCGGAAAAAACAAGUUGCACGGCAGAAGCAGAUGAUGACUUUGUGUGGGAAGAUUAUCUCGACGAAACAGGGACAAUAGCAGUCCCACCCACUGCUUUUGUUCAUGUGGAAAAGAGUCUUGAGUCAGGUGUGUUGGAAGAUCAGCUGGUCGAAAUCGUCCAUAACGAAUCGUCAGAAUUAACUUCGUGUUAUUGGCCAGCAAAGGUCGUUACUACGUGUGGUCCUCUCUUAAGGUAAGGG